AUGGCGGCCCUCGACUGGUUGGCACUGCUGGAAGAUCCAGAGGGGGAAGACUUCCACGCAGGUCACCUACCGACCCCGGCAGCAAUGGGCCAUCGGAAUCAAAAACCUCAGCCGGAAUCGUCCUCAGGGUCCAGGGACAUAAGUGCUGCAAUAACGACAACCGCUGCCCAAAAUAGCCGGAACAGCGGAGUAUGA